CCUGCGGUGUGUGGACAGUGUGUGUGCCAGCGUGGGAAGCUCUGGGUCAGCCCCGUGCUCUCCAGGUACAGUGCUGCCCCUCCCCCACGCCUGCCCGCCCGAGCUGUUUAUUUGUUCUCAUCAGGGGACAGUGAGUGACAUUUAGGCUGCUAGAACCAUUUGGUUGUGACAGAGUGGACCUCCCCUCCCCUCCAGGGGAGCUUGGCACCCCAUGAGCAGAGAGGCUGGUACAAUGGCUUCCCUCCUCCUGGAGGCCAGCUGGUCUGGAUUCCUGGGACAGGGACAGGGCGGGGACAGGGCAGCUUGGUGGGUGUGUUGCCACUCCAUGUGGGGGUACUGAUCCCUGCAGCUCGGUCGGAUCCUGGCCCCUCUGGGGAAGGAACUUCCUGACUUUGGCUGCUGGGAUGCGCGGGGAGGGCUGGGCACGGUCAGGAUUUCAGCCGGUGCUACCUGGAAGAACCCCUACCGCUGGACACGCUGGACACGGGAGAGUGUCGCCUCUUCCCUGGGAGGUGAGCCAUAAGGCCGGCCUAGAAGCCUCCAUGCAAGAGCACAGAGAGAACUACCCUUGAGAGAGCAGUUCAAGGGACCCUGCCUCCCGCCGCCUCCGCCAUCCAUCCUGGGAAUGUCCCUGGUGAUCUUGGAGGGCCCGUGCUGUGUGAGAAAGAUGUAUGCGUAAACAGCAGAUGCGCAUGAGCCCGGGGGAUGCGUGUCCCUCCUGGGUGGCCGGGGCAUGGGAAGGGUUGGGCCUCUGGUUUCACCUCCAGGUCCAAGUCCCCUGAGUGAGACUGAGGACCGCGGCCCUCUGAAGGAGUCCCAUCCUCCCUUCCUCCCUGCCUGCCUCUCUCUCCCCUCCCCUCUGUCCCCUUCCUCAAUGCCUAGAAUAGAACUCACAGGAGGCUUCUGCACUCGCGUCUCAGUGACACCAUCAAACAACCCGUGUUGGGGAGCCUGCCUGCCUGCAGCAGGAGACCACCCUCAGCCGAGGCCAGAGACCACCACGAAUCCCACCUGGGGCCCAUCUUCCUGCAUUUCAAGAAAAUCCAGGAGUUCAAGGCAGAGACACCUGCUGGGUCCAGGUGCAGUUCUACUGCCAGCCACCGGCAGGGGUGGCCAGCCUACCACUGGACCUGGAGGACGUCACCCCUUGGCCAGCUGGACAGGAUCACUAUGGAGUGACCUGAGAAGUCUCCAGCUAAGCAGUCACUACCAGCUUCAAAAACACCCUCCUGCUGUCCAUGUGGUCAUUUUGGUAAUAGAUGUCAUUGAGAAGAGUGGGCACUUCAGUUAUGACCACGUGGGUAUCAGUUAUUGCCGCGGGAUACCGGUCUUGCGGGUCGUGUUGGCUAACUGGACAGCAGGUAGUUUUCCUGCUGACAGAAAUGCAAGUACUCACCCACCUGCUAACUCCCGGGCCUCCGAGGGAGCUGCCUUCUCCCCAGGGCCAGGGAACCUUGGUGGCUCUGUGUUUUGGGGAGCAGCAGCAUUGCCUGGGAACUUGCAGAAGGUGUGGAAUCUCGGGCCCCGCCCACCUGAGUCAGAAGCUGUGCUGGACACAGGUCACCACUCCCUCUGCCAAGGACACCUGCUCGGCCCAGGGAGUGGGGUGCUGUGUUGCAGGCAAGCCAUGGCUCUCAGAUGGGCAGAUACCAACAGUGAGUGCCAGGGGCUGAUGGGCAGCCAGAAGAGAGCCCAGGAGUAGGUCCCAGGGACCCUGACGCUUAAGGGUCUGGUGAGGAAACAUGGCCCUGCAGGGGGUACAGGAUGUGGGGAGCAGCCAGACCACCCUUACUCUCAGACCUUCUGUGGCUCAUUCGGACUUGGAAGCUCUGGGUGGACAAGGGUGGAUCCUUCACAUUCUGUUAUAUCCCCAGAAAUAGGCAUAUAACGGGCACAGGUGCUGUCACUGAAGAGCUGGCAGCUGACAAGGGAUGAAGGGGUAAAUACCGAGCUGUCCACCAUGACAGGCUGGCAACAGGGCCAGCCUGAACCUCCAUCACGUGGGCCUAGCACCCGCACCCAGGAGACUCGGCCACUCCAUCUCGAAUCUCAGCGGAAACAGACGGGGAGGGCGUUCCAGGUGUGGCCAGCUGUGACAACGAGACCCCCCAAGGCCAGCCCCCCCCCCACGUCCCGCACCUCUGCCUUGGGGACCCGCCUGUUUUGCAUGGUGCUUUCCCCUUGUUUGAAAACCAUUUUUAUCUUGGAUCAAAGAGACACAGUUGGCGCUCCUGUGUCAACGCAGAUACGAGCGUCCCCUGGGUCCCGGCUCAUCACUGGAGCCAUGAACCAGGUUGAGUUAAAAAAAAGCAAAAUGUGUCCAGCUUGAUAGCUGGCUGGCGGGCCGUGGAAAAGGCCGAAAAUAAACACUGCAGGCCGAUGACUUCCGUAC